AUGGCAUUGUGGCCCUUGCUGACGGGAGAAUGGACUCACCAGGUCAUUCUGCAACAGGCUUCAUGCUGCGGGUGUCCUAGCAGCAUGCAAGCAGCCGAGAAGAGUUCAUGGACAUUUGGCGAGGUGUACUGCACCAUGUUAGUGGCGUGCAUGAGUGGGACCUGGAUCGUGCUGAACCGCAGAUGGCUGAAGGAUGUGGAGAAGUUCCUCACAUUUCGGACCACCUCACAGCUGGAAUCAUUCCAAAACCAUAUUCUGAUCAAAGGCCAAGUGUCCCUAAAGAGACUGUACAGCAAAAAAAUCGAAACGGUAUCGGCUUUCCAAGAUUGUCCGGCACCUCGAUUCCUGUCAGAGGAGAUGGGGAAAGGAGAAAGGUACACAUCAAAAGAGAUGGUGGAACUGCAGGAAAACCCUGGUGACCGAGAGAUCCUUAAAGAUUAUAAUUCUUGCGACCUGGUGGCCAUCCUGCCCUACUACGUCUCACUGCUCGUGGACACGUCACAGGGCUCUGGGGGCUCGUACCUGGACAAAGUGGGUCUGGUGCUGCGGGUGCUGCGGGCGCUCAGGAUCCUGUACGUGAUGCGUCUGGCCCGUCACUCCCUGGGGCUCCAGACGCUGGGACUCACAGCUCGACGAUGCACACGCGAGUUUGGACUCCUGCUGCUGUUUCUGUGUGUGGCCAUCGCACUCUACUCACCACUCCUCUUCCUCAUCGAGACUGAGAUGGCUUCUGCAAGAGCGCCAGUGCAGGAGUUCACCAGUGUCCCGGCCACAUACUGGUGGGCGGUGAUCACCAUGACAACAGUGGGGUACGGGGACAUGGUUCCGCGCAGUCUGCCCGGCCAGGUGGUGGCCCUCAGCAGCAUCCUGAGUGGCAUCCUGCUCAUGGCCUUCCCCGUCACCUCCAUCUUCCACACCUUCUCACGCUCGUACCUGGAGCUGAAGCUGCUCCAGCAGAGGGCGCUGCACCGGCGCUCGCGUUUCCUCCUUCAUAACCAUGGCAACGGAGCCAGCGACCUGUCUCUGGAGAGCGACACCAUGUUUCCUCUGAGACCAGAUCUGUGA